AUGGAUGACUUCUAUGCCUUGCUGGCUCGUUCAGCGGACGAGAACGGGACUGUGAAGAUAGAUGCUCUGAGGAAUGUGAUGCUGCAUGAGAAGCAAGAGCAGGACGGCAUCCAAAAGAGCUUGCAAACCUUGAAUCCGAAUCAAGCUGCAUCGAAACGCCCCAGGAAUGAAAGCAAGCGACCGCAAACAGCGUCGUCUCACAUAUCGAGGCAUGGGUCUCUCCUCCUGAAACUUGCUUCCGGGCCACGCCCAACGUCUGCUGUGCAAGGGAGGAAGAAGACAGAGCUUCAUUGCAACAUCAACAACCUCGCCGUACCGUUGAUUGUCCCUCCGAAACAAGAGCAGGCAAAGAUCGCAAGCGAGGACGCCAAGAUUGAUAGCAAGCCGGCAACGGGGCCCAGCAAACCCUCAGCAGUACAGACUGUACCGACAACAGUCCUGCUGUGCCGACCUCCCUCAAACCCGAAACCAGCGAUGCAUGUCUCCAAUGUGGCCUCCAGGACUCCCCGAGCUCCAAAUGAAGGAGAAGGAGGUCAGCAAGGACAGGAGCGCAGCUUCUUCCCUAGCAUGCCCAUGAGCGAUAAGGUGAUUCAUCAGCAGAGGAUGAGGAGGGAGUGGGCAGAGUCGUCAGGAGCCAACGGAGGCCUGAUGGUUGGGGGGAUCAGAUAUGGUUCUUCAAACCCACCGAAAGGCUCGCGGGGGGGGAGUACUCAUCAGAGCCCUGUCAUACAGAGCCCCAAGGAUUCGUUGCCGCCUCCUGUUUCUGAGAACUCUUCCUUGGACUCCUGCGGGUACAGCAAGGCGUCAGCUCGGGAGGAGCAGAGUCGAGAGCUGGAGAGCGUCAGUCCUGAAAGGACCCCGUCGGUGUCUCCGGUGGAGGUGAAGCACAGUGAGUGGGUAAUGGAGUCUCAUCAAGAGUUUUCCCGAGAUGAGCCCCUCCAUGACUCGUCCAGGUUGCUGGUAGCAGCCGUGAAGGCGAUCAGGGAGCGGGACGUUGCAAGGGCCCAGGUGGAGCAGCUUGAGGCGAAGGUGGCUUCGUUGCAGCAGCAGCUGUCGGAGGCAGAGCAGGUGAACUACCGGAAUCAGGUCUCUGUGAGCAUGCAGAAGCAAGACUUCAUCAGGCGAACGGAGUCGCUGAGCUCGGAGCUGUACGAUGCCAAGUCAAGCGUGUCGGAGCUGACGUGGAAGCUGAAUGUGGCGUAUCGUCAGAUGGAGUCGGAAGCAAGGUUCCCUCCAGGAGAGGAGAGGGCGCAGUACCGGCACUUCAUCAUGAAAUGGAUGUCGAGCAGAGAGAACGCUGCGUUCUCGUCCUGGAGCGAGCUGACCUACGAUCUGAUUCUGAUGAGGAGGUUUGUGAAGAGGCUUAUGAACAGGAAGCUUGCAAAAUGCUUCGACAACUUUGUGAUUGCGACGAGGUUCGUCCAAGAGUUCGACCUGAGGGAUCGAUUCAUCCGAGAGCACGAGGACAGGUCUAAUGAGCUGGAGCAAGAGUGGAGGAGGAUGGAGCGAGAGAGGGAGGAGCUUCGGAGGAGGAAGGAGAAAGCGGAUGAGGAAAUAAGCCUUAGGACGAAAGACGGGCGGAGUUUCGACCUGCCCGUCCUCCUUUCGGAAAUUCGAGUGUUGACGUUGGAAAAUCUCAACUUGAGGAAGAGGCUGGGGGGAUUGGAAGGUGAAUAA